AUAAAAACAAGUGGCAGAUAAAAACAAGUCACGCUGAGGUCUUCGCUGCCGUCUCUUUUAAAAGUGCCAGCUUUGUCACUUUUGUCCCUCAGAGACACGAGGACGAGGACAUGAGCAGCGGGGACAACGGCACAGUGAUGGACAACGCGGACUUCCUCAACUUCCUCAACUUCUCGCGGUGGAACAUCAGUAACAUCUCAGAGUCCGGUUACGACGGCUACGACGGGUACGACGGUUACAACAUGUCGUCCGAUUGGUGCGAGGCCGGCGAGCACGAGCUCACCAUCAAGAUGUUCCAGACUUGCGUCUUCUGCCUUGUCUUCGUGUUGGGCGUGGUCGGGAACUGCCUGGUCAUCGCCACCUUUGCGCACUACCGCCGCCUGCGGCUCCGCUCCAUGACGGACGUCUUCCUGUUCCACCUGGCACUGGCCGACCUCCUCCUACUGCUCACGCUCCCCCUGCAGGCCGCGGACACUCACUUCGGCUGGAUCUUCUCCGUCCUGCUCUGCAAGGUCACACGCGCCUGCUACGCCAUCAACACGUACAGCGGGCUGCUGCUGCUCGCCUGCAUUAGCGUCGACCGCUACAUGGUGGUGGCGCGGGCGCAGGUCAUGCUCAGGCUGCGGAGUCAGAUUCUCAGGGCCGGGAAGAUGGCCGCCAUCGGCGUGUGGGUCAUCGCGGUUCUCCUCAGCCUCCCCGAGAUCCUCUUCUCCGGCGUGUCCGAGCCCAUGGACGGCGAAACGCCGCAGUAUUACUGCGGCAUGCUCAAGAGCGGGGCGGUGAAAAUGGCCACCAGCGCCGCCAUGAUCGCCGUGGUCUGCGUGUCCUUCCUCGUCAUGGUCACCAGCUACUCGCUGAUCGGCAAAGUGCUGUGUGAGGGACACGCCCGCCGGCGAGGGAAGAGCUGGAGCCGCCAGCGCACGCUGAAGCUGAUGGUGGCGCUGGUGCUGGUGUUCGUGGCGUUCCAGCUGCCAUACACCGCGGUGCUGUCCCGCAAGAUAGCGGGCCAGUUCUGCGGCCUCCUGCUGGAGUAUGUCACCUGCACGCUGGCGUACGUGCGCUGCUGCCUCAACCCCGUGCUCUACGCGCUGGUGGGCGUGCGCUUCCGCAGUGACGUGCUGCGGCUGGCGCGGGACUUGCGCUGCUGCGUGCGCGGGCUCCAGCUGUCGAGUGUGGGCUCCACCUCCGCGUCGCCCUCGUCGCCCGCUCUCACCAUGCUGGCGUGUUCGCCAACAAAACGGGAACACAGCUGCUCCAGCAAUGAGGCCGCGGUGCCGGCCAUGUUCCAGUUUCCAGGAACCAAAUAACACUUUUUUUAUUUGUUCAUAUUUGCAUUUCUCUUUAGUUUCAACGUUUUCUACAGUUAGGCCACGUGGUGGGUGUAGCGGUUAGCACUCUUGCCUUUGCAGCAAGGGUUCACGACCCAGUCAGAACAAUGACUUUUCUGCAAGGAGGUGUGACCCUCAUGUGGAGGAUAAAGCGGUAGAACAUGGUGGUCGAUGGGCAGUUAACACACAGGAACAAUGACCUGACGACAUGGAAGAGCUGGUGUAGACUUUGUUUCCCCAGUUUCCAGUUUUCAUUCACAGAUGAAUAAAUGAUGCUGUGGUUCCUUUUUUUUUUGUCAUAUUAUCCUUGUUAUUUCGACUCCAAAUCAGUGACACAUACAGUGAAACUUGUUUUAUUUUGUUUAUAAUAAAGAAAACAAAAAGUC